UCGGGAACUAUGUUUUUUUUCCCCCUUGGUUUUUUUUUCAUGAGGGACACAAUUUAGGUUUACACCACAGUAGGACUUUCCCUACCCGUAGUCGUGUGAAAUCCGCCUUCUGUGUUACGAUUGGAUACAAUCUAUGGCACGUGCAUGUAUUUUAUCCAAUCUGCUAGUGGGAUGAAAUUUCUAACCAAUCAUCACGCAGUAGGCGGGUUUGUCGUAAAACAGUUGGAAGAAAAAAACAACAACAACAACAACAACAGAGAUUGGCGUAGAUGCGGAUUGAACGUAUGGAAUCGGCGGUGCGUCCCGGUUGGACGAUGAACGAGUUGAAGGCGGAGCCUCUGGACUUUGUGAGAGAUUUUCAGGAGUAUCUCGAUCAGCAGACGCAUCACGUGAACACGCUGUCGUCUUCUGUGAAUGGAGAGAAAAGUGAUGAGGAUCUGCGGACAGGUGUGUCUGAGACGGAACAGAGUGCGAUGGAUCACUUAGCGUCGAUCGAGGUGCGUCUGGACACGGACGGAUUCGAGAGGACAGUCGACGGAAAAUUCCGGUGUCGUUACUGCAAUUACGCCAGCAAGGGGCAGGCCAGACUCAUCGAGCACAUGCGCACACACACAGGAGAGAAGCCUCACCGUUGUCAGCUCUGUCCGUUCUCCUCAGCGUAUGAGCGACAGUUGGAGACACACAUGCGCUCACACACGGGUGAGAAACCUUAUAAGUGCGAGCUGUGUCCAUUCCGCUGUAACGACCGGAGCAACUUGUCUCACCAUCGCCGCCGUCGACACAAACUCCGCCCCUUGAUGAACACAGCCUCGACGCGGACCAAACCGAAACAGUUGUUCGUCGCCGAGGACAAAUCCCUCCCUCUUUCUCAACCAGCAGCCAAUCAGGAACAAGACUGCGACGAUGAGUUGCAUCCCAGUUCACCCAACCAGGUUUUGGAGGGCUACGAAAGGGAGGCCAAAGGUCACACUCUGACUCCGCCCUCUCAGGACCCUAAUGCGGACGCGCUCUUGAGUCCAGAAUCUUUUCCGGCGCAGAUUAACACCCAGACACUGUAUUUCUGUCCGCAUUGCCAGACGUAUUUUGGUGACAAUGUGCUUUACACCGUGCAUAUGGGUUGCCAUGGUUACGACCAGCCUUUUCAGUGUAACGUCUGCGGUGUGCACUGCAGCGACAAGUACGAGUUCGCCUGUCACUUCACCCAGGGACAACACCGCAAGUAACACACACACACGUUUAUCUAUAUCUCCCAAACCGGUAUUUCUGCUUUCAUCCAGGGAGGAAGUUGGGGUCAGAGGUCAUUAAUUGUACUCGCGCUCUGUUUUUUUCAUAUACAGACACGCCCACUUUCUCUUCUGUUGUUUUCGGUCCACGCCCCCUCUCAGAGCUGAUCUUGUUUACAUAUACAUCGUCAUUUCAGUGUCUUAAAGCGACACAGCCACUUUCAUUUUCAGACACAAUCUAAUUUAAAGGCCACGCCCUCUUUCUGUUCAAUGGCAUUAAAGCCACACCCACCCAGAUCAUUUCCAUCAAGUGUGUCAUUUCAGUGACAUUUUCUGUGUGAUUAAUGCCACGCCCAUGAAGAACCAUCUGACUUUCAUAAACAGGAUGGAAAUUAAAGGACACGCCCACCUUUUCUUUUAUGUUCACUUGAAGGACACGCCCACAUUGUUUCAACCGCUACAGCUAGUGUCGUUUCCUAUACAGUGUCUAAUUAAAAGGACACCCCCACAUUUCUUCUACAGCAUUCAAGCAACCAUGGUCUCAAAGCCGUGCCCACUCUGAGAGGGUUCUCAUGUCACACCCACUCAGAGCCUGUCUUAUUUCCAUAUGCAGUGUGUCGUUUAAAGGCCACACCCAUUUUCUCUUCCAUGGCUUUCAAGCCAUGCCCACUCAGAACAGCUCUUGUGAUCAAAUGUAGUACAUUUAAAGGCCACGCCCACUUUCUUUUCCGUGUUCUGAAAGCCACACCCACUCAGAACGAUUCCAAUAUUUAUAUUUAGCAAGUAACUGCAACACUCUUCUAAUGUCAAGCCACGCCCACUCUGUCAUAUACAGUAUGCCAUUGUAAUGACUACACGCCCAUAUUUUUUUCCUGUGGUCUGAAAGCCACGCCCACUUAUAGCUGCCCUAAUUUUGAUGUGUAAUAUAUAUUUUGAAGGUGAGAGAAUUACACAGAACUGUUUUUUUCCCCCCCUCCCACCUGUCCUGCAUGAUCCCAGUCCACGCCCACUCAGCCUCUAUUCUUCCAUGUACAGUAUUGAUUUCAAGGACAGGCGUUAGUAUUUAUGGCCUUCAAACCAAACACAGAAAUUAUAUUAUUAAUUAUAUCAUAAAGAAAAUAAAGUCAACUUUCUUAACUUUAUAAACUGAAAGUAUUUAGCGUUUAUACUAACGUUUCUCUGAUCUGUUGGAAAAUUUCUAAAAAAAAAGUUAUGUUAAUGAAUUUAAUUUUUUUUUUUACAUUGUACUUGUAACCCAGUUUCAUUUUAAUUCCUUAUUUUAUUUCAGAGAGAGAGAUAAGACAGUGAGGUUAUGGGGUUGAUGUAAUAUUUUCAUAGUUUUAAAAUAAUUCGUGUUUAAAAAAUGUUCACUGAUAUGAAUUUUAUUAGGAUUUUACAAACUGAUUAAAAAAGUGGUUUGAUUUAUCUAGUGACAUGAUUUUAAUAUCUAAAUAAAAAAACAGAAAGGAGAAUUACAACAGCAAAAUGUAUUCACAGAAUGAAAAAUACAAAAAAAAAAUCAAUAAUUACAGUGCCCUCCACAAUUAUUGGCACCCUUGUAAAGAUUAGUAAAAAAGGGUUGGGGGAAAAAAUCCAUCUUUUGGUGAAGUCGCUUCAUCUCACACUGAAAAGAAAAAAAAAAACCCAACCUUUAAUUGAAAAAUUUAUUCAGAGAAAAACAACCCCUCCCAUCAAGAAUAUAUUUUCAGCAAAAACAUGUGCCACUAUUAUUGGCCCCCUGGAAAUGAUCAUGAACACACUGUACCUGAAGUGUGUUUCCUGUGUAAAUUGUCCAUGUGUGAGUUGAUUGGAGUGUGUAGAAACUUUCAAGCUGUAAUCUGUGACUCCCUGAUUAACUGGGGAACAAAUAUGAGGCGACACAGAGGCCAAAUUCCCUCAACAUCAACAUGGGAAAGAUGAGAAACACACAAACCCAGUGAGGGAGAAGUGUGUUGAUCUUCAUCAGUCAGGGAAUGGGGAUACAAAAUUGCUACUCGCCUGAAAAUGUCAAUUUCUACUGUUAGGGCAAAAAUAAAAAAGUGGACACCAACUGGACCUGUUCCACACUCAGCUGGAAGAGGAGCUGAGUUUAUUUUACCCCACGGACAGUGAGGAGGGUAAGAGAGGCAAAAAAUUCUCAAGGGUCACGGUUAGUGAAUUACAAGAAAAAGUAAAAUCUUGGGGUUUCCGAGUCUCCAAACCCCCAUCAGACUCAGUUUGCAAAAUGCUACGACAGCUUUGACUGGAACUGUGUUCUCUGGUCUGAUGGAACAAAAAUGGAGCUUUUUGUCAAUGGGUUUGGUGUAAACAGAAGGACGGCUAUAAUGAACAGAACCCGAUCCCAACUGUAAAAUAUGGAGGAGGUUCUGUGAUGUUUUUGGGGCUGUUUUUCCUCCAAAGGCCCUGAAACCUUGUUAGGGUCCACAGCAUCAUGGACUCCAUGAAACACCAGGACAUUUUAAAUCAGAAUCUGGCUCCUCUGUCAGGAAACUAAAACCCGGUCGUCACUGGAUCUUCCAGCAGGACAAUGAUCCGAUGUCCAAAUCAACACUAAAAUGGUUCGCUGAGAAUCACAGAAUCGAGCUUCUGCCCUGAACAUCUCAGUCCCCUGAGCUGAAGAGGAGAGAGCACAAGAGAGGGUCGAGACCCUGGAUGAUCUGGAGAGAUUGUGUAAAGAGGAAUGGGCUCAAUGCCCCGCUCUGGAUCUCCAACCUUAUAAAAUGUUAGAGGAGAGACUCAGUGCUGCUUUACUGACAAAGGGGGUGUACAGAGGACUACAUGCGGGGGGGCGGCAAUAAUAGUGGCACAGGUGUUUUUGUUGAAAUUAUAUUUCUUAAUGAGGGAUUUGUUUUUCUCUGAAUAAAUUUAUUUCGAAUAAACGUUGGAUUUUUUAUCAUUUUUUCAGUGUGAGAUGAAGCGACUUCACCAAAAGGUGGAUUUUUUUCUAACCAUUUUUAGUAAUCUUUACAAGGGGUGCCAAUAAUUGUGGGGGGCUCUGUGUACAAUAUGAAUUCAAAGAAAUUGGUGAAAACAUCAGAUCAAAACAUGAGUGAAUGUACAUUAUAUCGUUUCUCUCAAAAUGAAAAGCUAGAAUUAUUAAAAAUGUAUUAAACACAAUCAUGUAUGAUUUUAUGAUUAACACUCACAGCUGUGUGCUGCAAUCCUGUCUUCUAAUUAAAUUUGAUAUCAGAAAAAUAUUAAUCUAUUUAUAUAUAUAUAUAUAUAUAUAUAUAUAUAUAUAUAUAUUUUAAUUAAAUAAAACAAAUUGUCAACAGUGAACUUUUUCAUAAUUAAUAUUAGUAAUAGUUUGAAGAUUAAAGAAUUGAGAAUAAUGCAGAAGGUUGCCCUCUUUUGCAUUUUUUAAAAAAAUAAUUAUUGAUAUUGGAAAAUAAUAAUGCUGUCAAUGCCAUAAUGAAGGCAACAAUCAACAUUAUUAAAUCAAGUGAAUUCAAUUAGGGCUUCCUUGCAGCUUUUAUUGUAAUUAAUGAAAAAAAAAAAACGUAAAUUAAGUAUUUUUCAUCUCAUUUUAAAUCACUAAAUUGAUUAAAAAAGUGAAUUAAAUGAGGUAUUUUUAGUCUCAUUGUAAUUACUAUUUAAAAAAAAAAAAAUCAAUGAAGUGGGGUGCCAUUACUUUAACGAGCAGAGACACAGGGACUGCACUAUAAACAUCUCUUACGCUGUGAAUGAAUCAUUUCUCUUUAAUGAGAAACUUCAUUUUUAUUCUUUAUAAAUGAACCCAUUCUGUGUUUGUUACACGGAUUCGGAGCUGGACGUGGAGUCCACGCCGUGUCGCUCCAACAUCACGCGUGUUCUGCGUGUAAACGUGUCGGUUGCGAUGUUGACCACACGCUCCACACACACACACUCGUCCUGUCCCAGCUGUUGGAGAACCUGAGCUCUGAGCUCCUGCAGGAAGAGAUUCUUCUCCUCCCCCAGAGCUCUCGCCAACCCCUUCAGCUCCUCACCACUCUGCCUGUGUGCUACACACACACCAUCAGCAUCAUCACACACUGAUUAUAAUCCACCAUACUGAGGAAUGCUGGACUCUGAUUGGUCAGAGGGUGUUGAUUCCUGUCCUGUUCUCACCUCUCGCUGUCACCAUGGCCUGAGACACGAGUCUCCUGCACACCUGAUCCACCUGAUGAACCACACUGCAGGCACAGCGCUGUCUGUCUGCCUCCUGAGAGAGAGACAGAGAGAGAGAGACUUUUGACUUUUAAAAACAUCUUUAGUUUUGUUCUUAUCUACUGAAAGUAAAACUUAAUAAAAAUAUAGAAGGUGCAUUUGGAAACAUUCAUUACUACAACUCAUCAAAUCCAUUACACAAGGAUCUUUCUUUAAAAAAAGAAAAAUGUUAUGCACACACAAAACACCAUAAUAAAAAAUAAAAUAAAAAAACUAAAAAGUAAAAAAUUAGGCGGCACGGUGGUGUAGUGGUUAGCGCUGUCGCCUCACAGCAAGAAGGUCCGGGUUCAAGCCCCGUGGCCGGCGAGGGCCUUUCUGUGCGGAGUUUGCAUGUUCUCCCCGUGUCCGCGUGGGUUUCCUCCGGGUGCUCCGGUUUCCCCCACAGUCCAAAGACAUGCAGGUUAGGUUAACUGGUGACUCUAAAUUGAGCGUAGGUGUGAAUGUGAGCGUGAAUGGUUGUCUGUGUCUAUGUGUCAGCCCUGUGAUGACCUGGCGACUUGUCCAGGGUGUACCCCGCCUUUCGCCCGUAGUCAGCUGGGAUAGGAUCCAGCUCGCCUGCGACCCUGUAGGACAGGAUAAAGUGGCUACAGAUAAUGAGAUGGAGUUAAAAAUUAAGAGCCAGUGAGCCGUCCCCUUCAAGUGAACAUAAAACCUGCCUAAUUCCCCACAAAUCUAUUUAAAAAAAAAAAAAAAAGUGUGCAGGUUGUUGGUCAGUUUUUAAAAAGCAAGUUCUACUCGGAGACGAGCUGUAAUUAACCCUUUCAAGCUCUGCACCACAUCAGUCCGACCUUGGCCUUGCAUCUGGUUUUUCCUGGUCUUCCAUGUUGCCACUUUUGCACUUCCAAAUAAAAAGUUAAUUAAAA